GUACUAACCGAAGUGGAAAACUACCUCAUAAGUACACUUUCGCAUUGCUUAGCAACCACUUAGUACAAAUAAUACGAACACUACAAUGAAGUUACUACACAACUAAGUUUAUCUAUUUACUAAUAGUUUUUAAUUAAAGAUGAUCGAUAAUAAGCAUAUCCUGAUUUUUAAUGCAUCCAAGAACGAAGUUUUCAAAUUAAACGAAAAUUAUAAAAUACUUCAGAGAAAACUAAAAACGUUUUGGAAAUUACAAAUCAACAAAGAAGAAGUUACAGAAACGCUUUUAAAAAAUUGUAAUUUGUUAAUUUUACCGGCUCCCCAGGCGGCAUUUAACGAAAAUGAAAUUGAAUCCAUGAAAAAAUAUCUAAACAACGGAGGAAAUAUACUGGUGUUGUUAUCUGAGACUAAUGAUAAUGAUAAGAGUAAUAUAAAUAUUCUUCUUGAAGAAUACGGAAUUGUGCCAAAUAUGGAUUAUGUUAUAAGGACACAUUACUACAAAUAUUUUCACCCAAAGGAAUGUUAUAUUUCGGACAGUAGCAUAAAUUCAGCGUUAAACAAAGAUAAAUUGGAAAUUAGUCUGGUUUAUCCUUACGGUUGUACUUUAGACGUUAGCAAGCCGUCCGUUGUUGCAUUUACAAGUGGAGUAGUAUCCUUUCCUGUUGAUCGGCCCCUAGGGGCAUUAUAUUAUGGGCAAAGUACAGGAGGGAAGUUAGUUGCAAUUGGAUCAGGGCACAUGUUUUCGGACAAAUACAUCGAUCAAGAACAGAACGAGAAAUUUCGAGAAAUGAUUUUCGACUUCUUUACUUCUGAUGACGUUAAAGAACUGAUUUCAGAGUACGAUGAAAUAGAUGUUUGGGAUUAUCACAUUGUUCCUGACACACCCGCAUUAGCUGAACAACCAAAGCUUACUUUGACCGAUGGCGUAGGUCAAAACAUCCCCGCCGAUUACUCAAAGUUGUUUGACUACAAAAUGCAUUCAAUCAGCACAUGUCUAGUUACAGAAGCAAUAAAGCUCUAUGAAAAUCUGGAAGUUAAACAUGAACCCCUCAAGCUUAUUACACCAAGCUUUGAGGCUCCAUUGCCUCCAUUGCAACCUGCAGUGUUUCCACCCACAUUUCGAGAACUAUCGCCACCCCCGUUAGAACUUUUCGACUUGGACGAGGCGUUCAGUUCGGUGUUUUCGAGACUGGCUCAGUUCACUAACAAAUUCAUAAUGUCGGGAUCAACAAGCGAUUUCUCCGAAAAAGAACUCGAAUUUUAUAUUCAGGAAUGUUCCAAGAUCGUUAAACUUGAUGGAGGAGUUGUUGAUGCCAAAGAAAUUUUGUAUACUGUAGGUGUGCAAAUAGCUCAUUUUAAAAGUAUUGACACAAUCAAAUAAUAUAAUUAUAUUAAUUAUAGAUA